AAUACGGCAUUCGAGACAUCUGUGAUCUGGCCUCUUUCUGCAUUUCACACGCCCUCUGCUCUGGCCAGGAUGUCACCCAUCGGGGGCCCCACACUCGCUCAUCCUUUCCCACCUCCCAGCUGUUGUCCACAUGCCUCCUCCCGCCUGAGGUGCCUUCCCUGGUCCUCUCUGCCUAACGAAGGCCUCCGCCCAUGUCACAACUGGGCUGAGUCUUCUGCACCCCGGCAUUAUUCCCCAUGUUUUAUAGAUGGGGAAACUGAGGCUGGGAGGGGAAUUUGCUGGAUCCCCCAGCUAGUAAGUGGCAGAUCUGGCAUCUGAGGCUCAUGGCAGCCACCACGUCCUGGUGCCCCUUGCUUCUGACCGAGGACAGUUCUCUGAACCCAUCUGGCUCUGCCCUGGCCAGUCCUGAGGCAGAGGACUGGGAUUAGGGCUGGGGCUGCCUGCCUCACUUACCCUAAUCCCCCUCAGAGCCCGAUCCUAGGCUCUCACCUCUAAGAGUGGGGGUGCAUAAGCAGCUUUACGGGUCCUGAAAGUCAAGGGUGCCCAGGGGUGAUUUGUCUCUGAGCUCUGUCAUCCCUCCCCCAUGGCCACAGAGCAGGCAAGGGGGCAGCACGGCCCAGACCCGGCCACUGGCCCUCAGAAGCCCCCUGCAGGGGUUGUGACUCCCAAGAGUGAUGCAGAGGAGCCCCCGCUGACCAGGAAGAGGAGCAAGAAGAGGGGGCUCCGAGGGUCUCGAAAGCGCACUGGCAGCUCUGGGGAGCAGUCAGGCCCCGAGGCCCCGGGGAACAGCAAUAACCCUCCGAGGACUGGAGAGGGCCCGGUGGGGGCACCCCCUGCAUCCCCUGGGCCGGCCUCUUCUCGCCAGUCCCACCGACAUCGUCCUGACUCCCGGCAUGACGCUGCUCAGAGGACAUACGGGCCCCUGCUCAAUCGAGUCUUCGGGAAGGACCGCGAGCUGGGCCCCGAGGAGCUAGACGAACUUCAGGCCGCCUUUGAGGAGUUUGACACUGACCGUGACGGCUACAUCAGCCACCGGGAACUGGGUGACUGCAUGCGGACCCUGGGCUACAUGCCCACCGAGAUGGAGCUCCUGGAGGUCUCGCAGCACAUCAAGAUGCGCAUGGGUGGCCGUGUGGACUUUGAGGAGUUUGUAGAACUGAUAGGCCCAAAGCUGAGGGAGGAGACGGCGCAUAUGCUGGGGGUGCGAGAGCUGCGCAUCGCCUUCCGAGAGUUUGACAGGGACAGGGAUGGACGAAUUACGGUAGCGGAGCUGCGGGAGGCUGUACCGGCUCUGCUCGGGGAGCCGCUGGCGGGUCCUGAGCUGGACGAGAUGCUCCGAGAAGUGGACCUCAAUGGAGAUGGCACCGUAGACUUUGACGAGUUUGUGAUGAUGCUUUCCCGCCACUGAGGCUCCAGGAGGGAAUGUCUGUUGCCCCUGCGGCCCCAGACACCGGCCAGACCCAGACUACAGCCCUCCCGCAGGAGCCUCCAGGAUGGAGAUGGAGGAGACCCAGCAGCCCCCAGACUUCUUCUGUCCCUGAAAACACCUGGCCUCGAGGUCUGCUUGUUAUGUUACCCACCCAUCCUCAUCCUUACCUCCCCCUACUCAAGCUGCCUGGAGAAGACCUGCCCUCAGCUGUCCACCGUUCCUCAGUGUGAGCAAGAUUUGGGUCUCUCCAGACCCCUGGGAGGUAGGGAGUUCCCUGGCACUGGUGGCAUUCAGUGGGGACGCCCCAGUGGCAUGAUGAAUGGAGAGGAUGGCUGGACCCCUCCCACUACUUAUAUUUAUAGGUUUUUUUUUAUUGAAUGAACUUGAGCCCGGUGUGGUGGCUCACACCUGUAAUCCCAGCUGUUAGUGGGGCAGAAGCGGGAGGACAGCUUGAGUCCAGGAGUUUGCGACCUGCCUGUGCAAUAUAUUGAGACCCCCAUUCUCCACAAAAAGGAGAAAUAAAAGACAAAAAA